AUUUUAAUUGCAUUGGCAGGUGUUGACUUAUAGUAGCUGCUUCAUUCACUUGCGCAAAAGUUUUCACACCUGUUAUCAUCUCUUGGUUGCAACGGCUUCCCACGUCAGAUCUAGGUAGUCUUUUAAAGCCUGAACAAGCGUUAAGUGUAAAGGUUGUUCGAACACCAUGACUAGUCGAAGAGCAUUUAAAUAUUCGAGAAGAGGUGCUGCUAGUUUCUGGUCUUUGUCAGACCGUGAGCUGAGCCCACGCCCUCACUGUCCUCAGGUCCACAAGACGGAUGAUGCAGACAUUUACACUGGUGCUGCUGGGCUGAGGACAAGCGCACAUGCAGCUGGAGACUGCGAUACAGCACCAGAGGCUCUGCUUUCUGAAGGAGACCACAGACCCCGAAUUGAAAAGGGCUCCGUCCCCACACUCAGCCAUAAUUAUGACUCUGGUGACAUGCUGUUGGAAAGUGAGGCUGAAGACUCGGAUGAUGAACCAGCUGUGCUCUCCCUCCGUGGUAUGUCACCUCCUGAAAGCAUACUGUCAGAUGAAGAUCUUCUAACAGAGCAGGUCAAGGACAUAAACCAACCUGAUACAAGCACAAACACUGAAGUUUGGCGCACUGAAUGGCACAAGAAUCACAUGGCAGCUAUAAGCAGUGAGAAGUUUGACAGCCUCCUGAAAAUGUGUCCAGAUUUCUAUGACUGCAAGAGCCACAUGGCAGCAUUUGUCUUGAUAAGAGAAGUCAUGGAUACAGCAGGUCGUCCAUGUGAGCAAUACCAGGUAGUGGCAGUGGGAUCUGGCCGCUCAAGUUGUAGCGAUUGGCUUUGCUACAAUGGGGUGAGGGUUCAUGACAGCCAUGCUAUUAUCAUCGCCAGACGGGCUCUUUUAAGGUUUCUGUAUAAACAGCUUUUGCUGUUCUUUGAUGCUGAUCCAAAGGCCAAGGAGAACUGUAUUUUUGAGAGCAGUGCAGCCAGCCACCAGCUUCAGCUCAAACCCAAGAUCAGCCUGCAUCUCUACACCAAUCAGUGUCCCGAAGGAGCUCCUAAGAACUUCUACUUUAAGGUUUCUGCAAAAAACACCUGGACCUCUAUGAUGCUCCAGUAUCAUUUCAAAGGCCUGGUCCCUGUUGCCUACCUUGACCCGAGUCUCUGGGGUGCCAAAGUCUGCUGCAUGUCUGGCAGUGACAAACUUUGUCGCUGGACUGUUACUGGGAUUCAGGGUGCAUUACUGAGCCACUUUAUUCAGCCGCUUUACAUCACGAGCAUGGUGCUAGGAGGCCAGAAGCUCAUGAACCAGGAAGUGUCUGAUAUCACCAGCAAGCGACUGGGUGAUGGAUGGCAGAUCUUUCUGCCUCAGUCCUACAAGAAACAUGACAUCUUCUUUGUCUGCGGGGACUACGUGGGGCCUGUUGUGCCCUCGCUGCGUCAUGAAAACCUCAGCAUCAACUGGUGCCUCGGGGACAAGGAUAUUGAAGUUUUGGACAGCAGCAAGGGCUUGAUUGUGGAGGGCUCUCCUUCUGUGAGCGUGCCUGGCUACUCAAGCAGACUUUGCAAGAGAGCCCUCUACAGUUAUUUCCUCAAAGUUGCACAGCUGGGUGGGCACAACUAUCUGCUGGAGCUUCCCACGUACCACAGUGUCAAGGUGGAAGCCAGUGUCUACCAGACGGUCAAGGAGCUGGUGAGACAGCAGUUCCUGGAAAACCACGCAGGACUGUGGAAUUCGAAAAAGCUGGUGGAUUGCUUUAGCGCUUGAACUCGCAGCUGGAAACCUGUCAUGCCAAUGUUUACCCAAGUUCCUUGAGAGAUUUGAUUUGCUGUUCUUCUGUGCACUUUGCUAAUUACCUUCAACAGUAAUUGUAGUUUUGUUUUAUGUACGACACUAGAGUUUUCAGUUUGUGUAGGUGUUCGAGAAAAAUAAACAAGGCCCUGCUGUUGUGCACCAGA